AUGGGGGGAAAGCAGAGCACCGGGGCGGCCCCGGGUGCUUUUCGUGUCUCUACGGAUGACAGCGCGUGCCCCCUCGCCCACUUUGGUCACUACCGGCCGAGCGGCACCAUGGGCCUGCGAGCCGCUCGGUGAGCUCCGUGGCUGGAUGGGCAUCGAACACAGUCCCGCGUGCCCUUCGGCUUCUACACCCCAAGAGGAACGGACUCGGAUCGAGCCGGAGGGGGGUCAGGGGCACUACCGCGGCCCCUCACGGGACCGGCUACCAGGACACUGGGGCGGAGGGCACACACGGACGGGGUGCUGUAUCUGGGGUCGGGGUCGCUGGCUGACACCUUGCCCCUGCACAUCGCACCCCGCUGGUUCAGCGCGCACAGCGGAUUCAAGUGUCCUGUCUGCUCCAAGUCUGUGGCGUCCAAUGAAAUGGAGGUUCACUUUAUCAUGUGUCUAAGCAAGCCUCGCCUCUCUUACAAUGAUGAUGUGUUGGCGAGGGAUGCCGGUGAGUGUGUGAUAUGUCUAGAGGAACUGCAGCAAGGGGACACCAUAGCCAGACUGCCGUGCCUCUGCAUCUACCACAAAAGCUGUAUAGACUCAUGGUUUGAGAUCAAUCGGUCCUGCCCUGAACACCCCUCUGACUGACUGACCACCGGGCCCACUCUGAAUACUGUUCAAGGACAUCUCGUGGUCCUGCCGGGGAUAUCUGGACACAGGCGUAACCAAAUCUGGUGAAACAAUCAAAGUGAUCAACACUUACGUAUCCUGACAGAAUCCAUCAUCCUACCAAAAUAAUUACUCCUUGAGAACUGAACCAAAAGAAAAAAAAAAGCGUAACUGUCGAACCAUCGUUCACUCCCUCCAUCUUACAUCUGCUGAUGAUACUGCUGAGAACCCACCACCCUUCCUUUCAUCCUUCGCACCUCUUCAAGCUAACAGAGUCCCUUAAAGGGCUUAGUUGGCCUCAGCUCCCCUUCUGACUCAACCGCGGCCAGCUGCUUCCCUGACACGCUCAGGUCCUCGCAGGCCUUACAUCACAUCUUUGGAUUCAGGCUUGUCAGUUACUUGUGUCCAGCCCUCCCAUGGCCUUAACUCGGAAGAGGAGUGGAAGCAGAGCGGAGGAAGGAAGAAGGAAGGGAACCAGUGAUAUGGAAGGAGGAGGAGAAGGAGAAAACCGGCAAAUGGAUGAUUGUUGAGCUGCAGGAGCUCGCUAUGAGAAAAAGACUUGUACAUUAGUGGGUGGGCCUCUUAUCUCAAUAGGACGUCAACUUGGUGAUGUCCUAUCAUAACAGACUGGCUCCCAGUGUGCUCUUUUCUCAUAGUUCCUGCCUCAGUUCUGCACUCUUCCUCACCAAUAUGACUCAAAUAAUUAAUUUAAAGCCUCCGCAGUGCUAUUUAGAUGUGGUUCACGCAUACCUGGGCAGGCAGAAAGAGUCAAAAGUGUCAAACUGGGACGUCAGCUUGUCUUGUAUGUAUGGGUUGGUAAGAGGGACUGGGGGCUUGGUGGAAAGGAGCAGUCCUGACUGGGAGGCCAGAAGGAGCCAGCGAUGUAGUUUAUGCUCCUACUGUGUGAUAUGUGUGUUUGGGAUGCUCCACUGUCAGGCUUCACCUGGUAUGUGUAUGUACACUAUGUGGGUGUGUGUGUAUGCGUGGACUGGUGACAAUGUAGCUUUUGCUGAAGCCUUGUGUGUGUGUGUGUGUGUGUGUGUGUGUGUGUGUGUGUGUGUGUGUGUGUGUGUGUGUGUGUGUGUGUGUGUGUGUGUGUGUGUGUGUGUGUGUGUGUGUGAGUGAGUGAGUGAGGCAGCAUGAAAGGUUAUCGUAGAGGGCUGACUGAGACAGUGCCGUGUGUGUUUUGAAAUGUUUACAGUGUAGCUGUCCAUGUUCCCCGUGUGUGCGACUGGCAGUCCUCCCUUUACUUUGCUGAUGUUUACAGCUACAGAGAAGCGACAUGACAUAUUGUAAAUUUCACUUGUAACCUCUCUCGGCUCUUUCUUUUAAGAUCUGCCAGAUUUUUCAUGUGAUCAUGAUUAGUCAUUUUCUUGUGAGAGCCUCGAGUAAGAGCCAGUGUGAAUGAGUGUCUCUGUGCAUAUGACUGUUUGCAUGGAAGGAUUUCUGAACAGGCCCACUGGGCACAGCACCAAGGCCCAAGGAGUCAGAUAACCCCGGUCCAGAGUCUGUCUUUUCUUGCUAAUAAAUAAUAAGAGGACUUGAAAAUACUCAAAAAGACCCAAACAAUUUGAAAAUGGAACAAAUAAAUAAAAAGAAACUGAAAAUAUUCUAAAACCAGCUCCAAAGAAAUUUGAAAAGAUCCAAAUCAGAGACCCACAGCUACCUAAAACAGCUACAGACAGACUCGACUGACUCAAAACAGCAACAAAGAGACUUAAAAUGAUUUAAAACUGCUGCAAAGACACUUAAACUAACUUCAGUGGCUACCAAAUGACUGAAAACAACUACAAAGAGACACUAAUGAUUCAAAAAUGACGUAGAAAGAUUCAAAAAUAACUCAAAACAACAGCCACGACUACCAAAGGGACUCAAAAUGACCUGAAACAGCCACAGACAGAUUAAUGACACAAGAAAAAACAACUACAGACGCAUAAUAAUUUAUAAUACUCAAAAUGACUCAAAUGAAUCAAAACAUUUAGAAUUUUUUUUAAAUGGGCUCAAAAUGUCUACUGAGAGAUUAGAAUGACUUCCAAACAGCCAAAAAUUGACUCUAAAUAAUUUAAAACUGCAACAUGGACAUUCAUAAUCAAUUAAAUCAAAGAAAUUCAUAAUUCCACAAAAACAAAUGAAAAUCAGAAUUUCUAAAACAAUUUAAAAUGAUGUAAAAAAACCCCCAAGAAUUUUAAAGAAAUAAAAAAAGGACCAGGUAGAGAAAUAAAUGGACACAAUGGAGGAACAAACGCAGAAGCACCCUGAAGACGAGCAGAGGUGGACAACAGCGACGACCGUGUCAGUUAAAGUCUUUUGUCGUUUCUUUGUGUCUUCCUUGGUGGAGGCCUUUUACAAGCCUGUGCCCGCGGGCCUGUUGGCUCACGAUCCAUCCAUGACUGUUCGUGCAUGUGUGCUUGCAACUGAAAAGGCGCCUCUUGGUCUUUGCGACUGUCGGUUCCCCACAUUGUAUUUCUGCUAGAGCAGGUCUGGCUGUCUGCGACGGGAGACGUGAGCCACUCAGACCCUUAAAAGGACUCUGUAGUCCCACUGUGGAGCCGCUGAACGGGGCUUAUUUAUUCAUUUGUUCAUAUUUAACAAUAUUUGUUUAAUAUUCCAGUCAUGUGGGGUGUUACUCACUCUUCAGAAUGCCAAGAGCUGAUGUGUGAAGACUACUACGAAUCAACAUACAAACUGCAUUUACAAAGCUACUGUAAACAAAUGGUGGAAUAAAUUGUGCUAGAUGACA